AUGGCAAUGAAUGGCUUACAGCCAAUGCCUUUGUUCGAACCGAAAGCUGAUCCAACGAAUUCAAGCGCUCGAUGGACACAGUGCAUUCAACGUUUUAACACAUAUUUAGUCGCUUCAAAAGUGAAGGAUACUGCGCGUAAAAGAGCACUAUCAUUGUAUCAAGCUGGACCUGAAGUUCACGAGAUAUUCAAAACAUUGCCUGACACAGGAGACGAGAAAAAUUACGAAGCUGCUGUCAACGCCCUCACUGCACAUUUUGAACCAGAAAAAAAUCGAAUCUAUCAAACAUAUAUGUUUAGGAAGCAUCUCAACAAGAUAAUGAAACCAUCGACGAAUUUCACACACGCUUGAGACGAUUAGCAAAACAUUGUGAGUUCGUGGAUGUUGAAUUCGAAAUCAAAAUGCAAAUUGUGUGCAACGGUACAUCCUCGAGACUGCGUAAGAAAGCGUUAAAAGAAAGUAAUUAUUCCCUCAAAGAUAUGUUGAUCGAUGGUCGAAAAUCAGAAACCUGCAGUGCACAAGCCAUGCAGUGGCAUGGAAGAAAAUUUAAGGAUGUACAACUUAAUUAAGUUGAGAGAAAACCUGCUCAAUCUAAGUGCUAUAACUGUGGAUUUGCUUACCCUCAUUUGGAUCAUCCUUGUCCGGCCGCAAAUUCAAGUCAUUUCUCUAGAGUGUGUCGAAAGAAAGAAUCGCGUCGUUUUUCCAAGGCACAAAUAGCACAAGAAUCUCCUCGACAACGAGAACAACCAAAAGAGCCGUUUAAAUCCUAAUCCACGAGAAACAAGCGAAGAAAUCGUAUUGACAGCCCGUCAACAAACAUCUCGAUUCAUCGACGAAGACCAGUUCUGAGGAAGAUAGCGACCCAAAGACGAGAGCAAAAAUACGAGUUAAUUCUGUUGAAAUCAAUUUCAUUGUUGACACGGGAGCGACAGUUGACGUUAUCGACACCAAAACUUAUGAUGACCUCAAAUCCAGCAUGAAAUUAUGCAAAAGUACGACCAAGAUAUUCGCUUAUGGUUCAACCAAACCACUACCUCUUAAAGGUGAAUUUCAGGCAACGCUAGAAUCGAACAAACGUUAUACUGUUUCUGUUAUUCACGUUGUCGAAAGCGGCUCUGGAAACCUACUUAGUGCGAAAACCGCUCAAGAUUUGGCAUUAAUUCAAUUAGUAAACAAGGCCACGGAACUUGAAACGCCGCCGAAACCGGAAGCCUCUAAACCGGAAGUUUCUAAACGGGAAACUCAGCCCAUACUGCCCGGAAACACGGAGAACAGGGAUAAACAGCAGCCAAUGCCUCAUGCAUCGACGCCAAAAUGCGAAGACCAAGAGAUCCAGAAGAUUAUUGAUAAGUACGCAACUGUUUUCGUUGGUGAAGGGAAAUUGAACACUCAACAAGUCUGGUUACAUAUUAAUGAGAAUAUUAAACCAGUGGUUCAACCGCAGCGUCGUAUACCAUACCAUAUACGCAAUGACGUAUCAAAGGCGUUGCAGAAAUUGGUUGUGGAAGAUAUGAUCGAAAACGUCUGUGACCAACCUACACCGUGGAUUUCGCCAAUUGUGUGUACCACAAAGAAGGACGGUGGAACACGAACCUGUGUUGACAUGAGAGCAGCCAACCAAGCGAUUAAGCAAGAAAGGCACAUUAGGCCAACGCUUUAA